AUGUCUGACCUCGUCUACGUCCUCACAGCAGCAACGGAGCACUCCGGCGUCAAGCUCGACUACAUCAAUGCUCCUGUACCAGUCGGUUGCGCCCAGCGCGUCAAUCGACUGAAGGAGUCGCUCAAGAACGACGUGGAUGCGCUAAAGAAUAGCAUACCCGUCAGUGAUACCAAGGUGAGGAGGGUGGGGAGGAUGAGGAGAUGA